AACCCAACAAGGAGAGAGAAGCUUAUUCGCGAAUCAAUCCAAUCCUUCGCUUCAACUUCACUGAUCCAAUUACGACAUCGAUUUUCUCGAGAACCCAACAGGGAAAUUUGAUUUUGUUUUUUCCUCCCUUUCAGACAUACAAAUCCAAAACCAUUAUCGCCAACACCCCCACACAUCUCUCUUUCUUUCCCCCCUCUCUUUUUUUUCUUUUCUUUCUCCCAUGGGAUUACUAUUGUUGCCCGCAAACUUAAUUUUAUAUCAACGACAAGAAGAAAACAUGCGAGAGAUUAAAGAAGCCGAGACUGCCGUUGUUGGCAGUCGUUGCUGCUGCUCUUGUUCGUCGCAUUCAUCGUCGCAAUCACUUUCUCGUAAUUAUGGGGUGGAUGGUUUUGGUGCUUUUAACGCUCCAGUUCUUGGGUUGUUAUUAUUAUCGUCGUUGGUGCUAUAUUUCCACAAAUCUGACCUCACAUCGCAAUCGAUACAGAGACGAGAGAGAGAGAGAGAGAGAGGGAGCGAAAAGACUCGAGAACAAGUUAGCAGUAUUUUCGACUUUUUAAUUUUCUUAUUUGGUGGAGGGGGGAGAGAGAGAUAGAAGGAAAGUCUUUUGGGUGAAUUUAUAUUCCUCGCUUUUUCGUCAAACCAACAAAAAAGUCAUUUUUUUUAAAGAGGGAGAGAGAGUUUUUCUGGGCGAGAGAGAGCGAAGUUCUCUUCUCGAUUUCUAGGGUUUGUGUUCGUCCCUGUGUUCGAUUCUGGGUCGGAAAUGGAAUUUGGUUUCUAGUCCUUCUUGAGCCUGUUCCGAUCCGAGGCUUUUUCUUUGGGAGGUCCGAGCAAUGGAGGAGGAAGAGGAGAUGGCUGUAGCUGCUGCCGGUGCUAGCAGUAGCGGCGGAGCCGACGCCGGGGGAGGUGGAGGUGGAGGUGGCGGUGAUGCUGAGAAGAAGAAGCCAGUCGAAGGAGAGGGCAAGUCUAAGCGCAAGAUGAAGACUGCUUCUCAGUUGGAGAUUCUGGAGAAAACUUAUGCUGUGGAGCCAUAUCCAUCCGAGGCGAUAAGAAUUGAGCUCUCAGGGCAAUUGGGGCUUUCUGAUAGGCAAUUGCAAAUGUGGUUCUGUCACCGGCGUUUGAAGGAUAGGAAGGGACCAUCCAAACGGCAGCGUAAGGACUCCCCAGCUGCUGCCGCUGAGCCAAUGUUGGCCGGUGGGGAUGCAGCAAAUGAGCUUCCCUAUGGUGUUGUUGCUGGAUCAAGUUCGUUUACGCCGGCUGUGGAUCCAUGGAGAGCCGCCCCACGGGUCGGGACGGCUGUUGCACGAAUAACUGGUGAUUAUUCGGUGGUGAAGCGGCAUUAUGAGCCAGAACCAUCAUUGGCUGAGCGUCAUGCAAUUGCAUUUGUGGAGGCACAGUUGGGCGAGCCUUUGAGGGACGAUGGGCCAAUUCUUGGGAUGGAGUUUGAUCCUCUGCCACCAGGUGCAUUUGGCACGCCUAUUGGAGGAGCAGUGAUGGGGCAACAUAAACAAACUGGGAGAUCUUUCGAGGCCAAAUAUGAGCGCUCUGAUGCUAAGUCAGUUAAGGGUGUUGUGCGUCCAGUCCAUGAAUACCAGUUUCUUCCAGAGAAACCAAGUGUUAGAGCUGAGACAUAUGAAAGAGUUGUUCCACCAUACCAUUAUGGUUCAGAUAGUAUGGUUUCAGCUGGACCUUCAUUCCUGCAUGUGAAUGAGUCAAUGCCCUCUGGAUAUGGCCUUCAAAGUCGGAUGCCUAUUUUGAGUCUCCUAACUCCACCAGGCAAGCCAGGGCAUCUCUUGGCAUCAACUCCAGGAGAAUAUGAUUUAGAUUCAUCAAAAACGUCUUCUACAAACUUGGAGAUUGAAAAGAGUCUCGGUGCUCCCUCUGUUUCAGCUUUGGACAAUCCGCUUGUAUCAUCAGACAGACGGGUCAUUCACAAUGAGGAACUAUUGCGAGCUGAGAGAAAGAGGAAGAGUGAAGAGGCUAGAAUACAACGGGAAGUUGAAGCUCAUGAGAAAAGGAUUAGAAAAGAAUUAAAAAAGCAAGAUAUUUUGAGACGCAAGAGAGAGGAGCAAGUAAGAAAAGAAAUGGAGAGGCUUGACCGAGAAAGGCGAAGGGAAGAAGAAAGAUUGCUGCGAGAGAAGCAGCGAGAGGUAGAGAGGUACCAGCGUGAGCAAAGGCGUGAAUUGGAGAGGAGGGAGAAGUUCUUGCAGAAAGAAUCUAGAAGAGCUGAGAAAAUGAGGAGAAAAGAGCAACUUCGAAGAGAAAAGGAAGCUGCUAGACUUAAAGCUGCUAGUGAGAGAGCAAUUGCCCGCAGAAUGGCAAAAGAAUCAGUGGAACUAACUGAGGAUGAACAAUUGGAGCUAAUGGAGUUCGCAGCCUCAAGCAAAGGGUUACCUUCAAUAAUGUCUCUUGAUUUUGAAACAUUGCAGAAUCUUGAGUUAUUUAGAGAUUCCAUGACUGCAUUUCCACCCAAAUCUGUGCUAAUGAAAAAGCCAUUUGCAAUUCAACCUUGGUCGCAUUCUGAGGAGAAUAUUGGGAAUCUUCUCAUGGUUUGGAGGUUCCUGAUAACUUUCGCAGAUGUUCUUGGUCUGUGGCCAUUCACACUUGAUGAGUUUGUCCAAGCUUUCCAUGACUAUGAUGCAAGGUUGUUGGGUGAGAUACAUGUUUCUGUCUUACGAACAAUCAUCAAAGAUAUUGAAGAUGUCGCAAGGACACCUUCCACAAAUGUGGGAGCAAAUAUAAAUAGUGUUGCUCCAGGCGGUGGGCAUCCACAUAUAGUUGAAGGGGCAUAUUCUUGGGGUUUUGACAUUCGGACCUGGCAACGGCAAUUGAAUCCGCUUACAUGGCCUGAAAUAUUGCGGCAGUUCGUCCUUUCUGCAGGAUUUGGGCCACAACUAAAGAAAAAGAAUGUUGAAGCAGCAUAUCUUCAUGAUGAUCAUGAGGGUAAUGAUGGUCAAGAUAUAAUUUCUUUCUUGCGAAAUGGUGCGGCUGCUGAACAUGCCUUUGCCAAAAUGCAACAAAGGGGAUAUUCUAAUUUACGUAGAUCAAGACAUCGUUUGACCCCUGGAACAGUCAAAUUUGCAGCUUUUCAUGUUCUCUCUCUGGAGGGAGAUGAGGGCCUAACAAUACUCGAAGUUGCUGAUAGAAUUCAGAAAUGUGGACUACGGGAUCUUACUACGAGUAGGACUCCAGAAGCAUCGGUAGCUGCUGCUUUGUCAAGAGAUACCAAGCUUUUUGAGAGAACUGCUCCGUCAACGUACUGUGUCCGACCUUCUUAUAGAAAGGAUCCUGCUGAUGCUGAGGCUAUACUUUCUGCUGCUAGGGAAAGGAUUCGAGAAUUUAAAAGUGAGUUUGUUGAUGGAGAGGAAGCUGAUGAUGCUGAAAGAGAUGAAGACUCUGAAAGCGAAAGCACAGAAGACCCUGAGGUGGAAGAUUUAAAUGCUGAAUUGAAUUCGCAGAAGGAGGUCUCCCAAAGAGAUGUCGAUCUACUUGAGGGGAAAACUCUUACAGGUAAUGGAAAGGAUGAUGCUGAUGUUAUAGACAUCUCACAGAAUGGCCUGGAGACAGCGAAUGGGGAGUCCUCUUUGAAGCGUCCUGAAGACUUGAUCAAGAAUGAAGAUGCCAGUGCUCCUGUUGACGGAGAUGUGGGUGUCAUUCAGGAUGAAGCAACUGAUAAUCAGGGAGACACCGAUAUUGAUGAAAGCAAUCCUGGGGAGCCAUGGGUGCAAGGACUUAUGGAAGGAGAGUACUCGGACCUUUCUGUUGAAGAGCGCCUCAAUGCUCUGGUUGCUAUUAUUGGUGUUGCAAUUGAAGGGAAUUCAAUACGCAAUGUUCUUGAGGAACGCCUGGAAGCAGCAACUGCAUUGAAGAAACAGAUGUGGGCAGAGGCACAACUUGAUAAACGCCGAACAAAAGAAGACUACUUGAUGAAGAUUCACUAUCCAUUCCAAAUGGCAAGUAAAACUGAAGCUAACCUCACAAAUCUAUCGUCAGCUGAGGGAAAGCUAAGCCCUUUGCUUGCUGUUGACAGUGGUAAUAAUGACAUGUCACUAGAUCCUGCUAUUCAUCGAGAAUCAAUGAUCGAUCAGCAGAAUGCGAGUCCCUUCAUAAAUUCUGAAGGGAACCUGCAAAUGCAAGAUAUUCCUGGUGGUUCAGAUAAUUUUUCACUACAUCAAGUAGGAUAUGCUGCUGAAAUGUCCCGCUCACAGUUAAAAUCCUAUAUUGGGUAUAAGGCAGAAGAGUUAUAUGUAUUUAGAUCAUUGCCUCUUGGUCAGGAUCGAAGGCGUAACAGAUACUGGCAGUUUGUCACGUCCAAUUCAAGAAAUGAUCCUGGCUGUGGUAGGAUCUUCGUUGAGUUGCAUGAUGGGCGAUGGAGGAUAAUUGAUUCUGAAGAGGGUUUCAGUUCUUUGUUAGCAUCUUUAGAUGUACGUGGGAUUAGGGAAUCAUAUCUUCACUUCAUGUUGCAAAGGAUAGAGUCAUCCUUUAAAGAAUCUGUUAGGAGAAAUGCAAUCUGCAUUGGUGGCAAGAGAUCAAGUGAAGAUAAAGUCAAGAGACAUGCUCUUGAAUUGGCCUUUGGCGCUGAUGGCAUAGGCAUUGAAAGCCCUAGCAGCUCUGUAUGUGGAGUAUAUCCUGAGACCUCAGAGACCUCCACAUCGUUUGAAAUUGAGCUUGGAAGAAAUCAACAUGAGAAAGAUGGUGCUCUGAAGAGAUAUCAGGAGUUUGAGAAUUGGAUAUGGAAGGAAUGCCUAAAUCCUUUAGUACUAUGUGCCAGAAAAUAUGGGAAGGAAAGAUGUGUGCCACUCCUUAAUGCUUGUGAUCGAUGUCAUGAGAUAUAUUUUAUGGACUGUGAUGACUGUCCCUCUUGUUAUUGGAACUCUACAACCUCGAAGAGCAACGUAUAUUUCUCUGGGUCUGCUUCACCUUCUGAGCACAAAUUGCAUAUGCUGUCGGACCCUACUAAGUAUACUUCAGUGUCUGCCCCUGUGAAAAUAAGAUUGCUUAAAGUUUUAUUGGCUUUGAUGGAGGCUUUUGUUCCUCCAGAAGCUCUUGAAUGCUUUUGGACUGAUGAUUAUCGCAAGUCUUGGGGUAGCAAGCUGCAAACUUCAUCGUCAGCUUCAGACCUUCUUCAGGCUUUGACAUUGUUGGAGAGUGCCAUUAGGAAGGAUCGUUUGUCCCCUAAUUUCGAGACUACUAAUGAAUUGCUGAGUGUCUCUUCUGCAUUUGCUGCUGAUAUUUCUGCCAGUCUUGAUGCUUUGAAUUUACUCCCAUGGAUACCGAAAACGACAGCUGCAGUUGCCUUAAGGCUCAUGGAAUUUGAUUCAGCUAUCUCUUAUUCGCUCCAUCAAAAGGAGUCUGCGGUUAAUAAUGGUUCUGGGGACUUUGAGAAGUUUCCAUCAAGAUACAUGGGAACGAGGAGUUGGCAGAACCAUGAUAGUGCAGCAACUCCUUUUCGAGGUGGGCCUCUAGAUGAAAACUGGGCCGACCCUGGGCUAAUAGUCUCUGGGUCAGGUCGGCGACGGGGACGGGGAACUGGAAGGGGCCUUGGUCGCACAAGCGGCCGGAGAUCCCAGAGACGGGUACUCGGUGGUUCUAAGUUUGACUCUGGCAAGAGAGCUAGAGUGGCAAAUGGUGAGCGAGGGCGAUCACGUGGACGAGGCGGACGUAAGCGAGGACGGCGUAGCACUAGAAAUCGGCAGAGAGCAGUGAAAAAGGAAGUCCCUGUUCUUGGUGAAAUUGACACCCCAAAAGAACAGAUGAUGGAGGAAUCGCCGGAUGUCUUGAUUGAGGAUGGAUGGAACGGCGAUGAAGGAAACAAUGUGGGGCUGAAUUUGGAGGAAGCCGAAAAUAGCAGUAGUUCAGAGAGUUCAGAGUACGAGGAUGAAGAUGGGCAAGCGACUGGGUCGUACAGAUAUGAUCUCGCAGCAGAUGACUACACUGGAGGUCUCAAUGGCAAGGCUGAUGAAUUGUCGGAAGCAAGCGAUGAAAAUAUAGAUGGCAAUGAGGAAGUUGAGGAGGAGGAGGACGAUGACGACGAGGAUGAGGGAGAUGAUAUCGUGGACGAUGUAGGCGGAGAGCUAGACGUUCGCGAAUACAUAAAUGGGGAGUUUGACGAGGAGGAGGAGGAGGAUACAAGAGCUGUUGAUGGAUUUGAAAAUGUGGACCCUGAAGAAGGAACAGGAUCUACAUCUUCGGAGUACAGUGACUGAAGAUCCAUGUUAUCCGCUGGAAAAUUGUACUCCAUAUUGUUUCAACGGCAGGUUCCUAGAGCUACAUGUAUCUAGAGAGAGAGAGAGAGAGGUAGAAAUCAGCUCAGGUAUUCAAGGCAAUUCUAUCACACGCAGAUGUAUGUAUGCUCGCCGCUGCACUGUACUCUGAUCAAAAUACUCCCUCCCUACAUUUGGUGAUAAUGAGGGAAGAGUCUUGAAUAUAAAACUUCUAUUUCAAUGGCCUAAAGAAGAUGACCUCCAUCUCGCUUCCAUUCA